GUCCGGCCUCUCCGGCUCCGAACCCUUCCGAGCGCCCGCGAGCCCGAGACGGGUGUCUCCAGCCCCGACCCCCUCCCAGAACCUCCGCCCCGGGCUCUCGACGCGUGGGUGUCUAAGGCUCGGCCUGACACUCCCGCCGACCCGUGCCGGCCACGCUUCGCCCCACCCCGUUCCCCGAAGCCGCUCUCCGGGUGGUCUAGGCCUUGAGGUCCUCCUUGACCCCCGUGUUCCUGCCUCGCCGCAUUCAGUCUGUCAGCACAUCCCUCGCAUCACACACACCCUGGACCGAGGCACAGCCCCCCACUUUCCCGCCAGCCCCCACUCCUCACCCCGGCCCAGGCCGCCGUCUGCCCCCGCCCGGAUUGCUUCGGUAGCCGGCUGACGGCGGUGUGGACAGUCUGACUCUGUGCCCUUUCUCGGUCGUUGCCAGUGAACCAGGUUUCCUCGUGAGGAUAUGUGUUCCGUCGUUUACACAGAUAAAGAUAAUUUUUAGUAGGUUUUUUUAAAAUAUAUUCUUUCCUUAAAAAGAGACCAAAACAUGUCAAAAAAUACUGCCCUGGAAACUUCAUAAAUACUACAGUGUGACGAACCCUCAGCUCAGAACAUAUAGUUGAUCUUCAUACAUCUUAGGAACGUUUGAUAAAGGACAGCAGGUCGUUUACUAUGUCUCUGCCUGGUCCAGCAGAAACAGACAUAGACCGGCAGCUCCCCGGUGCGGCAUUAGGACCCGGUAGGCUGGCCGCUGAGUGCGGGGGCAGCCCGGGCGCAGGUGACUGUCCCAGUGGCAGUCCCGGACACGCCUCGGAUAGGAGUGUUGACUAUAGCAGGUCCCAGUGUUCCUGCCGAAGUUUAAGUUCUCGCUGUGAUUACUCAGAAGACUUUCUCUCUGAAUGUUCAGAAACUGCUCUUAAUAGAAAGUAUUUAGAGAAACCCGUGAUAAAAGAGAAGAAAAAGUACGUCUCUAAAAUCUCCCAAUCUAAAGUUAACAGGUGGCCUCAUUACAGAUACUUGGAUCUCACUGGCUUCUUGCCUUUCAUCUCAGCUGAAGAACCAAUGUUUGAAUUGCCAAUGAAAUGUAAAAACCUGUUUCAACACCCCAAGAAGAUGGGCUUCAAGUGCGGCCAGAAGGAAAUCUCAGUUGAAAAAAAGCACAUCUGGAAUGCACCACAUUUACAUUCCCAAAACAAUAUGAUUACCCAAAGAAGAGACGCUAUGACUCACCGCAUACUGUCAGCAAGGCUUCAUAAGAUUAAAGAGCUAAAAAACGAAGUAGGUGAUAUCCAUCGUAAGUUGGAAGUCACAGUCCUAGAAAACCAGUUCUUGAAACAGCUUCAGCUUAGGCACUUGAAAGCUAUAGGGAAAUAUGAGAAUUCACAAAAUAAUCUACCUCAAAUUAUGGCAAAACAUCAGAAUGAAGUAAAAAAUUUGAGGCAGCUACUUAGGAAAUCCCAGGAAAAGGAAAGAAGUGCAUCUUGGAAACUUCGAGAAGCCGACAAUGAGCUGCUCAAGACUAAAGACGCCUUGCAGGCCCUGCAGAAGCUUUCUGAAGACAAAAACCUUGCAGAGAGAGAGGAACUUACUCAAAGACUGUCUGUUCUUACAACAAAAAUGGAGGCAAAUGACAAAAAAAUACAGAGCUUGGAAAAACAACUGAGGUUGAACAAUAGAGCUUUUAAUCGGCAGCUGGCCAUUGAGACCCGGAAGACGGUAGCAGCUCAAGUAGCGACAAAGACCCUGCAAAUGGAAGUAAAACGCCUUCAACAAAAACUUAAGGAGAAGGAUCGAGAGCUUGAAAUUAGAAACAUCUAUACUAGUCGGAUACUUAAAAAUUUACAUGACAAAGAAGAUUAUCCAAAAGUUUCUUCGACCAAAUCUGUACAAGCAGACAGAAGCUUUUCACUGACAAGUAUGAAACACCAGGAAACCCAAAAAUCAGAAGAUGUUCCAUCUUUGACAGCUAAGGGUAAAAAGACAACUGGAAACAUUGGUCAGAAAGAAAAAUCAACUGAAAUAACGUGUGCAAUUCCGCACUCUAUCAGCAAAGUUGCAAACCAAGAGGAUUCCAAGAGCAAAUAUGAAGAUUUAUCGAAGGAAGAGGAACAUUUGGAAGAACCACCACCUCUGGAGAAUACUGGAAGACAGAGAGAGAAGAAAGAAGAUCAAGAAAAGAAAACCACUCUAGUGAAAGAAGAAGAAGAACUACCACCAAAAAGAAUUCAGGUAACUCAUCCUGAACGGGAAGGCAAGCAGGAAGACGACGCGGGGAAAGAAAAGUUCAAAAGAAGUCUCCAAAUAAACGACACGGACAAGACGCCUGGUAAAAAUGCUGCUGCAAGUAUCAAGAUCCCCUUCAGACAGAGAAAGCAUUACUCGUUCACAGACGCCAUCGAGAACCUGCAUCACGGGCUCCCUGCCUCUGGCGGGCCGGUCAGCGCGGGAGUGACAAGAGGCGGCAUAAGCACCAGCAAGCCCCGCGGGAACUCAGAAGGCCUGAAGCCAGAACAUUCUGUGAGCGGGUACGAACCCUCUUUUGGCCAGUCCUCCCGAACAAAAUCAAAAGAUGCUUUCAGAGAUAAGAAAAACAGUCUGAUGGAAGAACUCUUUGGGUCAGGCUAUGUCUUUAAACAUGACCAGACCAGCACGGCUGCUCAACAGGCUGACGAGACCCUGGAAAGUAAAAAGCCGCACCAUCUACCUCCCGGUCAGGCCUCCGCCAGCAACGCUUUCGGAGAUUCUAAAGUAACUAUGGUAAAGUCCAUUAAGUCGUCUUCACCUACAGAAGGAAAAAGAAAAAUAAUUAUUUGAAUAUAAUCAAUAUCCUAAUACAUUCUGGCAUCAUAUUCUCGUUCUUAUGUGCCUUUAAUCUCAUAAUGUUAGUGUGUGUCUGCGUGGGUUUCUGUCCUUGAACUGACUUUGGAUAAUUAAGGUUUUGUUAUAACCUAAUUUUAAAAAUCCACUGUGUAUUAGCCAAUGACAUUUCAAAUAUAAAACUAUCUUUUUUCCCUAUACCUGAAACAUGUCCAUUAUCUUUUGGAAGACUGACUUAUUCCAUGGCUUUAAUAUUCUGUGAGACUCCAUGACUCGUUAGUCCAAGUCAGUCAGCCAAGGGUCAUACAUCUCACAUACGUAGGAAUGUUCACAGCAAUUGAAUUGUGUUUUAACUAAAAAAACAUGGAAGCAUUUUUGAAAGAGAAGAUUCUAUUUAAAAAGAAAAAAAAAAGGCACAGUGAUUACCAACAGUUCUAUGAAAAUUAUUUUUGAGUGUUCUCCAAUUUAGCUAAACUGCCUUUGUGAUGACUCUCUCCUUGUCUACACCUGAGAUUCACUAUUUUUCUUUCUAUUUAUUACAUACCUAUACCGUGUCCUUUUUCCUGUUAAUCUUGCCAUAAAAGAGCACCGGGCAUAGGAGUGUCCACUCCAGCGAGCUGCUCUAUCCUAACACUCCAUUGCACUGACAGCAUCUCUUAUCUCUCAUCUUAACGGGGGCUUCACUCCCAGCACUAAUCAUUUUAUUUACCUUCAUUUAUUUUUAAGGGCAACUUAUUUACAAUGUGGACCAUGCUAUUUCCAAAGAGGUUUAUGGAUUGGGGUGUAAUAUGAGCACUUUAAAAAACUGAGAAUAGUAAAAUAAACUUUUAAAAGAAAGUGAAAACCAUGGUGGGAAAACAAUUGUAUUUAAAACCAAAGAGGAGAUGAACACUGUAAGGGCCUAAGCUUUGAUCUUUA